GUGACCAGCUGUGUGCAAUCACAGCUGAUCACCUGUGCUGGCUAUCAGUGCCCAUCUGUGCUGGCUAUAAGUACUCGCUAUCAGUGCCUCCUCAGUGAUGGCUAUCAAUGCCUAUCAGUGCCUCCUACUAGUGCCCAUCUGCGCCGCAUAUCAGUGUAGCCUCAUCAGUGCCUCCUUAUCAGUGCAGACUAUCAGUACCAAUCAGUGCCCAUCAGUGCCGCCUAUCAAUGCCCAUCAGUGCCACCUAUCAAUGCUGCCUAUCAGUGACCAUCAGUGCCGCCUAUCAAUGCCCAUCAGUGCCGCCUAUCAGUGACCAUCAGUGCAGCCUCAUCAGUGCCACAUAUCAGUGCAGCCUCAUCAGUGCCUCCUCAUCAGUGCCUCCUCAUCAGUGUAGCCUAACAGUGCCCAUCAGUGCAGCCCAUCAGUGCACAUCAGU